GUACCUUUAUAGUGCGGACGGAUAUUGUUUAUUGAUAUAAAGCAGCGACUUCCGACUAGUCUUGUCGCUAGUCGCAGCAUACCAUAUCUCUAAUAAUCGCCCUAUCGUACGCCAUCCCACUUGUACCAGUACAACUUUCGUCGGUCGCACAUUCCAACAAAUCUAAAAGAAAGGUUGGCAGCUCAGCUACACGCACUUCUGGUUUAAUAUACGGCCACUGCUGUAACGAUAAUCUGUGAUUUCGCUUGUUUGCGGUCCUGACUUGCCAGAACUUCAAGAAUAACUGUCAGAUCUCAGAAGACUGCGACGGGUUUUCAGCCAUCUACGUUUGGCGUUGCGUUCUGCCAAAUUACCUUAUUCAGGAUUCUCUUUUCAUCAUACCAGGAACAUUAGCCUUUGUGCAUCAUGGCUUCGACGUCGGGGGAAGCGACCCCUCUCUUAACCUCAACCAGUGGCCUUUCGCCAAAAGUUCUCAGCGAGACCAAAGUAUACCCUCUUAUUCAUCUUAUCAGAGUUGACAUCAUGUCUCAUAUUGAUGCACCUUUGACCCAUGAGCAGCUCCUUGCCCCUGACUCUACAUAUACCAUCGUUCGCCCACUGACUGAAAAAUAUUUGGCUCUGCAAAAUCAGGCGAUUGUGUUCUGCUUGCUAUUGAAUAAAGUACAAUUCAGCAGAGAGUCUACCCAACUGUCCAUCGCCACUCUUUCCUUGACCAGAGCUACUCUAUGUGAGAUAUUGGCUAGUAGGGUCCUUCGAGGAUGGUCAGAAAGGAGCUUGCCACUUGCAACAGUUUUGUUAACACCUUGGGCGCUUUUCCAAGGAGCCUCGCAAGAGGUGAUAGACAGGGCGAAGGAGGAAGGCGAUGAUGAAUUAUUGAGGCAGGGUGGAACUGCGUUAGAGAUGGCCAUUAUUAGCAGUUCCAAGAGAUUUAUUAGAAGUCCCUCAUGCCAAAAAGUCAUCGAGGGCAUAUGGGGCGGACGUAUCAUCUAUACUGCCCUGAAUGCGCAUGCUCUCAUAGCUGACAACUAUAAAAAGAAGCCUAUUCAGAUGUAUAAUCCUCACAAAGCACCAUUUUUGGAUCAUUACAGGUUAAAGGUACCACGGUAUCGAUCCAUGCUUGAAUAUGUCAAUUUCCUCGUCUUAUUUAUACUGUAUGUCAUUGCCAUUGAAGGCCUUGUCGAGAGCCGCAUCAAUGGCCGAGAGUGGGCGUUCAUUAUCUAUGCUAUGGCAUUCUCCCUAGAUAAACUUGCGGCUAUCCGAGAGCAUGGGCUGAAAGUAUUCAGCAGCAGCCUUGUCAACGGGUUCGAUCUAGUUUUCAUGAUCAUCUACGCCGUGUAUCUCGGAGCGAGAACUUACGGAGCCCGAUAUCAUAACGAAUACGCGCUGGGGCUAGGAGCAGAUUGGUUAGCAAUAGGUGCUGUACUAAUUUUUCCUCGUCUGGCGUUCGUCACGCUUGCCAAUAACCUGAUGAUUUUGAGCAUACGGUCGAUGUUGACAGAAUUCUUCUUUUUGAUGGGAGUUGGUAUAUUCUGUUUUCUAGGCUUCGUAUACGCGCUAUUCACUCUUGGUCAAGGAAAAUUCGAGUUAUCACAAAUAGCGUGGUGGUUGUUGGAGGUGUACUUUGGACUAGAUGCUUCAGGGUUUGAACAUGCUUAUCUUUUUCACCCAUUUCUAGGGCCUCUGCUCAUGGUCUUCUACGCCUUACUUUCAAACACAUUGCUCUUGACUGUACUUGUCGCCAUCCUUGGCAAUACCUUUGCCACUAUCAACGCCGAUGCCGCUGCAGAGUCAAUGUUUCGAAAAGCUGUAUCUACUCUUGAAGGCGUAAAGGCAGAUGCUGUAUUUAGUUACCAGUUACCUUUCAAUUUGGUUGCUGUGAUCAUAAUGUGGCCGAUGAGAUACGUUCUCAACGCGAGGUGGUUUCAUAAGGUCAAUGUUUUCAUGAUCAGGGUGACGAGCGUACAUAUAUUGCUCUUGAUAGCCCUGUACGAAAGGCAGUCAUAUCAGGAUCAAGGUCUGAUGGAGCAGCUUGGGGACUUCGCGGAAAGAUAUGUUGGGAGUCUUCCUAGACGUCUCAAGGCGGCAGCUGGUUUCGACAAUUUUGCUUCGAGAAGCGAUAUUGCGGCAGUGUUUGAGAUCGAAAGGGAGGUAGGGGCCUUCUAUGCUGGAUGGGACGAUGAAGUGGAUGAGUCAGAGAUCAUUUUACCCCCUGCCUUCGAUGGCGAUCCCCCGUCAAUGAACAAUGACGACGAAAGACCCGGUCAAGACAUAACUGCCUUUGAUUCCGCCACUGCUCCCUCGAAAAAACAUUCUUCACCUCCAUCACCCGCAUCUCCUUUGACGGCGUCCCCGUCGCGCCUUGAACAUCAGUUGGAAAACCCUCACGCUCGACGUAACUCUAUGCCAUCAUCACAUCGGUCAUACAUCCAAAAUCCCUAUCAAGUCCCUAUACGUCGACGAAAUAGUUCUAUCCACGGCCCUAGUCCUUUGGCCCAGCUUUUUGUUCGAGGCUCGGAAUCUGAUGCUUUGAGGGGGAGGAGGGCGUCGAUGGCUGGAGCCAUAGGCGCAGGUCCCGCGCUUGCUGCGCCCCCUGUGUUCGGUCCAUCUUCCAAACCUAGACGGAGUCAUUUUAGGUCGGAAUCAUUCCCAGAGUUUUCAAGCAAAGAGCAAGAUCCGCAUCAACAUCCAGCAACAAAUUCAGUAUCCCGCUCCAAUAAAUCAUAUCUCAUAAAUCCUUCCAUCGCGCCUAUCACCGAAGGCAAGAGUGUUUCAUUCUCAAGCGAUCUGAAAGAUCCGGAAGACGAUCCAGUAUGCGAUCCCAGCAGCUCCAUUGCUGGUCGCAAAGAAGGGAACCUUGCUGUCGGUCAUGGUGGUCUGCCUAUCGGUAAUAGGGAAGAAGUUAAAACUUCACCACUGUCGGUCAAGGCUACGCGCUUUCAGACAGCUUUUCCAGGCGCAUACUCCCCUUUAGGUACCGUUAAUGAUUCGCGACCACACACUCCAAACUCACAGGCCAGCAAUGUGGCUAAGGCUUCUCAAGUGGAAGUUCUGGCUCUGGCCAGGCCAGAAGAAGAAGCAUUAAAACAAAAUAUGAAGGAGAAGCUUGAAGAAAUGGACCGGCGACAGAAACACAUAGAGCAAUUAUUGGAACGAUUGCUUGGGCACUUUGAACGAUGAAGUGAUCAUUCGCAAAACGCUACACAAGUUGUAUAGAUGAAAACUUCAUCACACAUUACGUGCAGGUUUGUUAUGUUUUACGAAAUCUUUCGAGGAAUGACCGUUGCGGAUUGGGACGCAUGACCAGUAACGUGUCUGUAUAGAUUGACCAUGAAUU